AUGUCCCGGACAGACUAUGUGAUUGUGAAGACCAAGUCCUACAUCCUAAGGAUGAAUCGGGAAGAAAAUCUGUGCUGGUUUCAUGGAAAAAUAUCCCGUGAAGAUGUGGAGGAUAUUUUGCGUCGAGACGGCAGUGAAGGAGUGUUUUUGGUACGCGAAAGUUCCUCCUCCGACGGUGACUACGUACUGUCCGUGCUGUUCAAGGGCGAAGUGAUACAUUACGCUAUCCGACGACACGGAGACGAUGCGUUCUUUUCCAUCCAAGAUCAUACACCGAUCCACGGGCUUGAUUCGUUGAUCGAGCAUUUCCAGAAAGACAAAGGCUCGCUGGUGACGCGGCUGCAGGUGAUUUGUCGCAGUGAUCCACCACCGCACGAUGUUCGUAGCCACGGUACCACGAACCUGCUGCACCGUGCCACGAAGGAAAGCAACUACACUGUCGUAUCGGAGCUGCUGAAGUGUGGAUAUCGGAAUAUUGAUUCCAAAAAUCAGGACGGUCAAACGGCGGUGCAUCUGGCGUGUUUGCAUGCAGAUGAUAAGAUACUGCUGAAGCUGAUCGAACGUGGAGCUAAUAUAAACAAUCGCGACGCCAAAGGCAACACACCACUUCACUAUGCCUGCGCCCGACGGAAUGGGUUGGAGAUGGUAAGGAUGCUAAUAAAGGCGUCCGCUAAUCUACAGGCACGGAACAGCGAAACUGGCUGGGUACCGCUGCACGAAGCAGCCGAUAAUGGAAAUGUGGACGCAAUCCAGGAACUUCUGCGCCAUCGUGUUCCCCAUCGACCGAGAACCAACUAUGGUGAAAUGCCUUCGGACCUGGCCCGCCAUCGUGGCCACUACCAGGUGGUUGAGUUUCUGAAUGCCUAUGAACCACCCCGACCACAGACACACCGCGAUCUCUGGUACCAUGGAACGCUGGAGCGAACUACGGCCGUCGACUACCUGAAAGACUUUGCUGCCAAGUUGCUGCCAAAUCUGGCACACCGAAAGCAACAGGAAGGUGACAACAGCAAGGAGAACAACGAGUGUCUUGAUGGGCUGGAACAGUCCACCUCGGGCACAUACUUGGUGCGCUAUUCGGCGACUCAGAAUGUGGACGUAAUAACGAUGCUGUACGAUAACGAACCGAAGCAUUUUAUCAUCCAGCGACAGCAGGAAUGGCUGUACAUUGACGAAGGUCCCUACAUGAACUCGCUCGAGCAUUUGAUCGAGCACUAUACGCGCUUCUCUGACGGGUUGCCGAUAAAUCUGCGCUUCCCCGUUACUCCUGGCCCAAAACCACCGAUACCGGCGUGCGCAACCAUACCGAAAUCCAAACAUCGUAUGCAUCGGGCCGCUACAAGCGGUGCCGGUGGUACAACAUCCGUUUUUCUUUAUGCUUCCGGUUCGCCGGCACAUCAUCACAGUACCAAUGGUUCCACCCUAACGGCCGGUUUGACUAGCAUGUUUCGCAAAUCGAGUGAUAAUUCUACCACAACGGCAACCUUACCACCGAAAGGAUUACCAACCAGAAAUCUGUCCGUCCCGAACGAUGCAAUGCUACAGAUGAACCGGGUCGGUCUGUUCGAUCGUAGUCCCGAACGCUGUGCGCCCGAGACACCGCGUCGCCAAGGGACUGCAACUUCGCCCAACAUAGAUGAACCAAAAACGAAAACGAAUACCUCGAACGCUUCGCCAACGUUCAAGAAAACGUUAAUCGAUGGAAUGAAAAGUUUGCGAAAGAGCAAGCAAAAGCUGAAACCAACCUCGGUGGGAGAUUCUGGCGUGGGUGCUUCUUCGACCGAACCGAAUUCUUCCAUCUCCCCGAACGCUUCUUCAAUCGAGCCAACGGUGAGCCCUUCAAAGUUGCUACAGCAGUUGAAAUUUUCGUCUGAUUUUAAUCUGGUCGCGAGUUGUGCCGCCUCAGACGAUAUCUAUAAAAUCCCAACAAAUAAUUGUGCCAUCGUUGAUAUCGACAUCGGAGAGCCACCGGUUGUUGUCGCACCGGUUAUAUGUCCUCCCGUACCGGAUAAAGCUCAAGACUCUACCAGCGAAGAAGUGCCACCAGCAAUCCCACCCAAAAUGUCAUCACCUGCGCUUGAUUCCGUAAACAACAACGAACCCACGACGUUAGAUUACUUCACCCAAAGUGAUGAUCCACUCCGGUCCGAUACACUGCCGGAUGAUGAAAGUGAAGAAAUCUACUUUGUGGAAGCUCCAAUUCCACCAGCAAGAGCAACAAACAGUGAAGCCGCUUUUGGAACGAACAUACUCAACAAUAAUGUGGUCCCUCCGGAGGAUGGAGUAGCGCCUAUAGUAGUAAACCAGCCAGCACGCACUACCAUGCCAACCAACUACAUCAUGACGAAAACCGUACCGAUCUUCAGUAGCAUCUCGGUCGAGGAAUGUCAAAGCCCUACCAGUCCGACUUGCGGUGGACAAAUGCGAGUCAGCAAGCUAUUCGAACGACUCGACUCGAACCAAUCCGCCUUUAGCCGAGCCAGUGUGCUCAGUGGUGAGAGCGUAUUCUUUUCCAUGUUUCAACAACAGCAAUCAAAUUCGGAACCGGAAGGGCCGAAUUACUUCAUUCCGCAGGAAUGUAUCCACGCAGAAACGGUGCUCGGUCGGGGUGAGUUUGGCUUUGUCUACCAAGGUUUCUUAGAACCGUGGCCACUCGAAGGAUUCCCCGGUGGUAACAACCCGAACAAAGCAACAUCAGUGCCGCCUGUCAUGGGUCGCGUUCCGGUAGCGAUUAAGAAAGUGAUGGACAGCCAGGAACGUCGUGAACGGACGGAUUUUCUACGCGAGGCUAGUGUUAUGAUACGUCUGCGGCAUAACUGCAUCGUACGAUUGAUCGGUAUCUGCAAGGGGCCACCAUUGAUCAUGGUACAGGAACUGAUACCACUCGGGUCCAUGUUGGUUUACAUCACCAAAAACAAGAACACCAUCAAUCCUCACCACGAGAUGAUGAUCUGGGCAGCGCAGAUAGCCAGUGGCAUGCAGUAUCUGGAGGAGAAACAUUUCGUCCACCGAGAUCUUGCCGCCCGUAACAUUUUGUUGGCGAACAAGUAUCAGGCAAAAAUAUCCGACUUUGGUUUGUCGCGUGCAAUCGGUGCCGGCCAGGAGUAUUAUCGUGCUAGUCAGGGUGGCAAAUGGCCCAUUAAAUGGUAUGCCCCCGAAAGCUUCAACUACGGCACAUUCUCACAUGCCAGCGACGUUUGGUCGUUCGGUGUGACGCUGUGGGAAAUGUUUUCUUACGGCGCACCGCCCUACCACGACAUGAAGGGUGCCGAUGUGAUCAAGCUAAUCGAGGAAGAUCAACGGCUGUCGCAACCGGAAGCCUGCCCGGACAAGGUGUUUGAGGUGAUGCGAAACUGCUGGCAGUACAAUCCAAAGAUGCGUCCUACGUUCCGCUUCCUGCAUCGUUUCUUCUCCGACGAUAUCGAGUACCAAAAUCUGCAGGAACUGGUCGGUACGGGAGUUGAGAUUAAUGCAAACACUACGGCAAUAGGUGGAGUGAGUACGAAUGCGCCAAUUGAUGCUGCAAACACAACCUUCGGUACACUGGACGCGUCUACGCCGGACACAACUGGCGUUAGCUUAGCGCAGCAAACACCCUACUAG